AUGCCAAGCUCAAGAGACAGCGACGACGCAGGAGGCACGAAGCUUAGCGUUGAACCACGCCAGGUCGCGGCUUGCGUGGCCACACGCUGUGAAGCGGAGGAACUCCUGACUCCAGGCCUAGGCAAAGCAAAGGCGCGAGAGCCGGAGACUGCGACCCAUCUCCGUACAAGCUGGCAAGAUGGUUCGGACAAUACGUGCAACAGUCGUGUCGUGUCAGCUAUAGAAGAGAAGGUGUUAUUGGGUGAACGCACUGACAACGAGGAGCUGGGCUGUCAGGGUGGAACGACGUUGGACGUGCCUGUUUAUCAUGUUACGAGCCCUGGAUGGGAAUAUGCUGCUCUCAAGCAACGUGGAGAUGAGUGGCUGCAGCAAGUUGUUACGUUGUACGAUGAUGUUUUAUUGCCAGCGAUGAAAGACAACGAGAUGUUCGAUGUGCAAGAGUUGUGGGGCUACAGCAGCGAUGUAUUGGAACCGAAACUGCUCCUUAAGACUGAAAAAGAGGCCGAGUGCCUCGAAGUACAAUUGACUUUACUGGAGCCACAACGAAUACAAUGUGGUUGGUGCGAAACGCGCAGACCUGGACGGUCCUUGAUGUACGACGAAUCGAGCAAGAUCCUACAGAAGGCGAUUCGAGGAAUGGAUCAAAUGAAGCUUCUUCUGAAAGAAGUUGUCGUGCUUGAUGUGUUUGAAGGCGACUGGGGGCGGGGAUUGUACGGCAUCUGUUCUACUAAUGAUGCGGAUGAGAUCCAGCAGCUUUUACUUCCCUAUGACAUUGUGCGAAAUGAUGAAGCGAGGGUUCUUGGUGCUCCGUCAAAGAUCGUAUCACUGGCGAACGACUAUCUUCAUGAUUUUCAGCGCACUGAUAUCUCGCUGACAAAGGCGUCCAUGAACAUCCCGUGUGUGUGGAGCCACACAGUUGCCCGGAAUGGGCUAGCCAAUUUGGUCGCUGAGAAGCUGAAAGAGGAAGUUACACCACCGAAGUUAGCCACUUCUUCGACGCGCGAUUCCGUGUCGUUGCCGGUGCAGGACAAUGACGCCAAUAAUCAUCCUGCAACCCCAUCUGCGACAAAAAAGAAGAAGAAUGGCCACACUGAACCAACUUCACAGGAUCACUUGGCACGAUUGGUGCCUGCAAACAAAGCAGUCACUGCUGAUCUGAGUACGGAUUAUUUGUUGAGCGAAAAGUUUCUGAGAUGUGCGUGGAGUGAUAGAUCACCAGACCAGACCGAUUCGAUUGAAAUCAUCCCAACAGACGAUAUGAGCUCAAACCACUCUACAGAGGAUUCAACGCUCAACCGACUUCUUCAGCAGAUUGCUCGGCCAGCAUUGUGGGACUUGAUGCGGAAAAGGAUGCUUCAGGUACACGAAACAUCUUUCCAGCAGGCUCUGGAUAGUGUGAGCUUGGAGGCACUGGAAGCGAUAGUUUACAAACAAUGUCAUGAGGUGAAGAAGAUGAGUCUGAACCCUUCGUCGUUUUCAAGUACCGAAAUAAUCGAAGCUUGUGUCAGUCUUCGUCAAGCCACUUGGCUUCAUACCUUGCGGAUCAUUUCGAUUUGCCAAGUGCGGGAAGAAGCGAUGAUGGCAGUCGUCUUAGCUAGGAUCCUCCACAGUGCCAAGUACAAACUCAUGCUCGGGUCUGCGAACUGGAACGAUCUUUGUACGCUGUUGGAACCGAUUGGCAAGCGUGGAGUACAUAUCGACACAAUGAUUGAGUCUGACGGACAGAAAGUCACAAAGAAAAUGACGGAGAACGAGAUGGUAUCUCAUCCACCUCACAAAAGGCAAAAAGUGAUUGCUGUGGAUGAAGAGACCGUGCCUGUUCGCGUCUUGUGUUCAGUCCCGUUCCUACAGCAGCACGAGCUUCUCGAUGAACUUUGCACAGAACAGCAAAUCUAUUUCAUCGAGCGAGAUCUCCCGUCACCGAUCGACAUUCUCGUUGACGAAAGAAACUGCAUCUGUGUGGUGACUGGCGCCAUAUUUCAAGUUGAAGCAAGUAUGAGGCAUUUCGUUUUCAGCUUGGCGCGGGUGCAAAUUCAGUUCCAGAAAUGCUGGCUUGUUAUUGCACUUUUUAGCCCUCCUACUUCGGAUAUGGAAGACGUCAUGAACUUGUUUCUCUCAGCACUCGUGCAGUUCCGGGUCGAAAUGCAAGUGCUGACGAGUUUUUCGUGUGAAGAAGCUGGAUGCUUCGUGCGUGCGGUCAUCGAUCAAUGCGCUGACAUCGCGCUUGAUGACCGCCGCAUUCUGCCCCGUAUGUGGUUCGACCGCCCGUUUUUGCUCGAAGAGGAAUCGCAAUUUGAACGCUUUCUCGUAUCAACAAGAAUCGUUAAUAACUACGCAGCGCAGUCCCUGUUACAUAAGAUAUGCAUGGAAGAUCUGUUCACCAAAGACAUCACCGAGUUGAAGCUGCUCGUCCAGAAUGUAGUGAUGGAUCAUCAAUUAGAGCUCUUAUGGAGACUUGUUCAGCAAGGACACGGACUCAAUGGUGCUGCUUAG